AUGGAGAGUAAAUAUGAUUUAACUCAUUGCACAACAUAUCCCAAUAAUUCAUUAAUAAAUGGGUUUGCUCCUAUUGAUUUAGGAACUAAUCAAGGAUCUUUACCUCAAAAAGUACAAGAAAAAGGAUUUGUGAAACAACAAGAAAUGAGGCUACAAAUGAAUUCUAUUGUUUAUGGAUAUCAUUCUAGUUUAAGAGCUAGGAUGGAGCAAGAUAUUGUUUCUAAAACUCAACGUCACCCAGGUCUACCAAGUUCUCAUUUAAGCUUAGACUUAGUAAUGGGAUGUGACGAUUCUUUAGAUAUUGGUGAUUAUUUAAAUAUUGAGUCACCUUUAGAUCCCCUUGGUAAGAUAUCAAUAAAUAGUGCAUUAGAGGCUAGAUUUGGCAUAUAG